ACCCGGAAAAACCGGGCCGGGUAACCUCAAUAAGAAUAAUGAUGAUGAGAAUAUGCCGUGGAGUAGGAGAGUUCAGGAGGAAGAUUCUUGACUCAUUCGCAUCUCUCUCGCUAUAUUCUCUCAUCUUCCUCUUCUACUUGCUCCUUUUCCAAUAUUUAUGCACUUCUUCUCCAGCACUUUCUCACAUUAAGGCCAUUCCUCCAGAGCAGAACAAACAAGAAAACAGCCAGCAAGUAAAGAAGAGAGUUGGUCUUGUUGUGUGGUUCUGAGAAAGAGCCAAUGAGCCUACAAACCGCAACAAAGUCAAGCAACGCCCUUGAGGGUAUCCAUGGAGUUCACGUCGUGUCGCCUUUCUCAUACGACCGAACAACCCAAGUUGGUGACUUUCAGACCAAUAAAUCCUCAGAAAUGGGAACAAAUCAAAGACUUUUCAUCGAACGUGUUUGGCAACAAAGACCUUCAUGUCUAAGGCCAAUCCAUUGCUGCAUUCGCGGGGACCAGAGUGUCUUAGAAACAGCAGCUAAUGUGGCUACUUCGCUUCCUUUCAUCUUCCUUGGAAUGCAAGCACCAAGGAAGAAUUUGAACACAAAGGUGUACGCAAACUCUCUUAUUGGAGUUGGAAUCGCUUCGAGUCUGUAUCAUGCCUCUAGAGGAAAGUUGAGGAAGUACCUGAGAUGGUUAGAUUAUACCAUGAUUGCCACAACAACAGUAUGUCUUUCAAGGGCUCUAAGGAAUGAGAAUCCUAAGUUCUUGAUGGCUGCAUCAGCUUUAGUUCUACCGUUUCAACCUCUAAUGGUCUCUGCUGUUCACACCGGAAUGAUGGAGGUUGCAUUUGCUAAAAGAAGCUUAAAGGAUCCAGAUCUCAAAACAGCUCAUAACGUGCACAAGAUGUCUUCGUUACUAGGAGGUGCUCUUUUCAUAGCUGAUGAUUUCUUUCCCGAGACACAGUUCCUUCACGCUGGUUGGCACCUUGCUGCAGCCAUUGGAGUUGGAACAUGUAAUAAGCUUCUUGAAUAGUAGAUAUGGGAUGCUAUCUAUUCUUGGAACAGAGAAACCAAAAUAGUUUCUUUGUUACUCAUAAUCAGCCGACAUAACUAAUAAGCAUUGUAAUCAGUAAUAUCUACGUAGAAACAACUAGAUGGUGUUUGCAUGAUCAUGUAUUAACAUUAUUGAAUUUCUAAAAAGCCAUGCAAUAAAAAAAAACAGAACACUCUCUUGCUAGCCAACACAUCAAUCAUGAAGUGUAGUCAUCGGUCCUGCGCAGAGCCAAGUGAAACGCCGUUUGAAAGCCGACAUACUCUUGCUCUCCAGGCUUCACUUGAAUACCACCGAACACAGCAAAAAUAACACUGUAUCCUUCCUUAACCAAAGCGAAAUCAGAUUCCCGGUUCUGUCUCUCGCUACAGCCUACAGAGCCAACUGCUACCACCCUCUCGGAAUAUUCUCCACCAACACACAAGUUGAGCGUCGGGAUCAAAACGCUUCGCCAUUUCUCUCUUUAAAUCAACGACAACGGAGACUGGAUCGGCUCGUAUCGUAUUUCAGCAAUAUUUAGAUGGCGGAAGUGUCUACGCUUACUUGCCUUACACGAAGCCCAGAGGCCCAUCAGAGUCGAUCCGUUUUAGUCAUGUUCAAUAAUUUCUCUUAAUGAACUUCAUGAGUUUAAUUUCUUUCAAUUACAAAAUUAGUUCUUAUGCAGACAAAAAUAAUCAACAAAAAAAAUAAUUUGUAUUAUUCAUGGAAAAAUGGAGAAAGGGUAAACACACAUGUUUGUGAUCGCUUUAACUUUUAAGCAUGAAUCUAACGAUUACUCCGGCUAUGAAAUAGUCAUGGAGUACUCAAAAACUGAGUACUGGCCAAAGAAAGGGAGAAGGAAAACACGACAACCUGAAAUUACGAAGAAGAAAGAGUUAUUGCAUCUAUGAUCUAUUGAAGUCUUGUUGAAAAACUAUUUUGACAUAUGACCGAUUUGAAAAACAAUAUGAACAGUACUUUAUUCUUUAUUUUUUUUGUAAACAACAAAUUCACAAAACUUAAUUCAAAGAUGGAAACUUAAAAACUAAGGCAAAGCUACGAAAGGAAAGAGAAGAUAUGUAAUACAAAAAUGGAGAACCAUAGAAAGAAACUAGAGGAAUAAGAAGCUAUAAAAACAGAGAAAUAAAUUAGAAGAUAUCUUUUAUUUUUAUUUGAUUCCCAUUCAAAGCAUAUUUUCUUUUGACUAUAAGUCUAAUAAAGAAAUGAAUUAGAAGAUAUCUUUUAUCUUUGACCAGAAAAUUAUAUUUAAUGUAUAAUUCUGUUAUUUUAUAGAUAAUCAUCUUAAGCGUAAUAAAAAAGGCUAAAAAGAUUAAAAGAAAAUAUUGCAAAAAUGGCUAUCAUUAUGAAAACUUUAGUCACAUUAGUUUUCACUAUCUUUUUUGUUAUAUCGUGUGUUCAUUGUCGUACGAUAUCCACUAUCAGUCCUGGUGUUGGAAUAGAGGACCGUCAAAAAUGCUUCAAAUUUAAUCCUUGUGUAAGGGGAGGAGACAGAGGCUGCACUGCGUUCUGCAGAAGACAAGGGGCAGAGUAUUCUUUUGGCACUUGUACUAAAACAGCUUGUUGUUGUGUUGGUAGAUAAGUAUGCAUACUAGAUAAAAUAAUUCGAUAAAAUGUAUUAGAAUCUUCCUAAAAAGUAGUAGAAUUAAUUUUCAUAA